GAGGGAGGGGUCGUUCUGCGGGUAGCCGGAGCCUAGGGUGGCUGUGGAGUCUGGGGUGAGAGAGGGAGUGUGGGGGAGAGAAAGGUAAGCGGCGCUGAAGAAGGGGACGCGCUGCCGGGCGCCCCCAGACUAUAGAGCGGGGUAAGAUGGCGGAGGCGGAGAGCCUGGAGACAGCGGCAGAGCACGAACGGAUCUUGCGAGAGAUCGAGAGCACGGACACGGCCUGCAUCGGGCCCACGCUCAGGUCUGUCUAUGAUGGUGAGGAACAUGGGCGAUUCAUGGAGAAGCUUGAAACUCGCAUCCGCAAUCAUGACCGAGAAAUUGAGAAAAUGUGCAACUUUCAUUACCAGGGCUUUGUGGACUCUAUAACUGAAUUGCUGAAAGUAAGAGGAGAAGCCCAGAAACUCAAAAAUCAAGUGACGGAUACUAAUAGAAAACUACAACAUGAGGGAAAGGAACUGGUAAUAGCAAUGGAAGAGCUGAAGCAGUGUCGACUACAACAGAGAAAUAUUUCAGCCACUGUUGAUAAAUUAAUGCUGUGUCUUCCAGUCCUAGAGAUGUACAGCAAACUGAGGGACCAGAUGAAAACUAAAAGGCAUUAUCCUGCCCUGAAAACUCUGGAACAUCUAGAGCAUACCUAUCUGCCGCAAGUAAGCCAUUAUCGAUUCUGCAAAGUGAUGGUGGAUAACAUUCCGAAGCUUCGAGAGGAAAUAAAGGAUGUCUCUAUGUCUGAUCUCAAAGAUUUUCUGGAGAGCAUCCGCAAGCAUUCAGACAAAAUUGGAGAGACUGCCAUGAAGCAAGCCCAACAGCAAAGAAACCUGGAUAACAUCGUCUUGCAACAACCCAGAACAGGUAGCAAGAGGAAGUUAAAGAAAGAUACAUAUAUAAUCUUUGAUAUAGAGAUAGAAAGCACUAGCCCCAAGUCUGAACAGGAUUCAGGAAUUCUGGAUGUUGAAGAUGAGGAAGAUGAUGAAGAGGUACCAGGGGCUCAGGAUUUGGUGGAUUUCUCUCCUGUUUAUCGAUGUCUGCACAUAUAUUCUGUCCUGGGUGCCCAGGAAACAUUUGAGAAUUAUUACCGAAAACAGAGGCGAAAACAGGCCCGUUUAGUACUCCAGCCUCCAUCUAACAUGCAUGAAACUUUAGAUGGCUAUAGGAAGUAUUUCAAUCAAAUUGUAGGCUUUUUUGUGGUUGAAGAUCACAUUUUGCAUACAACCCAGGGCUUAGUAAAUAGAGCCUACAUUGAUGAACUAUGGGAGAUGGCCCUUUCAAAAACCAUCGCAGCACUCCGUACCCAUUCGUCUUACUGCUCCGAUCCAAACCUUGUGUUAGACUUAAAGAACCUCAUUGUGCUUUUUGCAGACACACUUCAGGUAUAUGGUUUUCCUGUAAAUCAGCUUUUUGACAUGCUGUUAGAAAUCCGAGACCAGUAUAGUGAAACUCUGCUAAAGAAGUGGGCAGGUAUUUUCAGAAAUAUACUUGAUUCUGACAACUACAGUCCCAUACCGGUAACAAGUGAAGAGAUGUAUAAAAAGGUAGUAGGACAAUUCCCAUUUCAAGAUAAAGAGCUGGAAAAGCAACCAUUUCCGAAAAAGUUUCCUUUCUCUGAAUUUGUGCCAAAAGUUUACAACCAAAUUAAAGAAUUUAUCUAUGCUUGUCUGAAGUUUUCAGAAGAUCUACAUCUAAGCUCAACUGAAGUGGAUGACAUGAUUCGUAAGUCAACAAACCUGUUGCUAACUAGGACUCUGAGCAACUCUCUGCAAAAUGUCAUUAAAAGGAAGAAUAUUGGGCUUACUGAGCUUGUCCAGAUUAUUAUCAAUACAACACACUUGGAGAAAUCCUGUAAGUACUUGGAAGAAUUCAUCACCAAUAUCACUAAUGUGCUUCCAGAGACAGUUCACACUACCAAGCUUUAUGGCACCACAACUUUUAAGGAUGCUAGACAUGCAGCUGAAGAAGAAAUUUAUACCAACUUAAACCAGAAAAUUGACCAGUUUCUACAGCUGGCAGACUAUGACUGGAUGACAGGAGAUUUGGGAAACAAAGCUAGUGAUUACCUAGUGGACCUCAUUGCCUUUCUGCGUAGCACCUUUGCUGUCUUCACACACCUUCCUGGAAAGGUGGCACAGACAGCAUGUAUGUCUGCUUGCAAGCAUUUAGCCACAUCCUUGAUGCAACUUUUAUUGGAAGCUGAAGUAAGACAGCUUACCUUGGGAGCAUUACAGCAGUUCAACUUGGAUGUCAGAGAAUGUGAACAGUUUGCCAGAUCCGGCCCGGUGCCUGGGUUCCAGGAGGACACGCUGCAGUUGGCCUUCAUCGACUUGAGACAACUUUUGGAUCUUUUCAUCCAGUGGGAUUGGUCAACCUACCUUGCCGACUAUGGUCAGCCCAACUGCAAGUACCUCCGGGUGAACCCAGUGACAGCUCUGACUCUGCUUGAGAAGAUGAAGGAUACUAGCCGCAAGAACAACAUGUUUGCACAGUUUCGGAAAAAUGAGCGAGAUAAGCAGAAACUGAUUGACACUGUGGCCAAGCAGCUCCGAGGACUCAUCAGCACCCACCACUCAUGAAGGCUGGCCCUGGGCCCACAGAGGCUGCCUGCUACAGCCCCCUAGUCUGGGAGCCAGCCCUGAAUGACGCUGCAUUUGUGCAUUUUUCUUCAAAAGAGCAUAUGUAUUUUUUUAUUAACCUCUGUACAGUAUUCACAUAACAUUUCCCUAUAGUAAAGGAGGCAUAGGAAUAAGCAAGUAUAUGAGAUGUUGCUAGGCUGGGACUCAGGGGAGGUUAUUACUACACUAUCCGUGUUAUCCUAGAGAUGAUAGCAUCAUCAAUCCCAGUGUGAUGAACCACCUUUUAUCCAUGGCUCUAAAGCUUAGGUCCGGAGCUUAGGAACUAUACAAAGUGGGUACUUGGAACUGGGAGGUAAGGUGAGUAAGCAAAAGGACAAUAAAGUACGUCCUAUUCACUCUUGGUGCCCCAUUCACCAUAUAGAUGAAACUUAUUCUUCUUGAUGAAAGGAAAGGGCCUGGCGAACAUUAAGCAAGAAGAGCUUUAGUACACUAAAGACCACACAGUUCUGGAGGUUCAUUCACACUGACUCUUGUUGGCUGAUGAACAAGCAUGACAUGUGGCAAGACAAUGGCUUCCCUGUAGUCCCCCAAGAAUGGCAGUUUCUUUAGCCUAGAUCUGACCAAGGCUUUUACUGCUAAUUUUUCUGGGGCAGGAUAAAUCAGUAGGCAGCAGUAAUAAUUGAACCCCAUGAUUCACUACAGGUUACCCCCACCUAGGAGUGUUGAGUCUGAGCCCAAGGAAUUUUUCUGGGUCUUGAAAGCCAGUUUGAAUGGCUCAUCUCAUUUCCUUCUUUCACAGUCAGAGCACUUAAUUCAGAUCAUAGGCCAGCAGUUCUUUCUAUAGGUCCUCACAGAGAGUCUCAGACUUGACUGCCUCCACCUAUGGCAUUAAGACAGAUCAGAUUUCAGAAGCCUGAAAAUGACUCUUACUUUUACCCUUAGGUAAAGCCUAAAGGUUACUUGGGAUUGUUCCUUUGUAUUUUAAACCCAGCUUUCUUGCCAUCAUUUUUACAGGAAACAUCACAAGCUCUGCUCUGUGUGGGUAGCCACAGCAGGACUGAAUACCUCUAGAUGGAGCUACUGUGACCAUGAAGUAUACAAGGCCAACCCUGGUUGUGUCUCGUUGCCUCUGGCCCAGCUGUCUAAGUUAUAUCCUAGAUAUAAAGCUCUUCUUGCUCAAGCCUAAGGCUUCCAUCCUCUUUUGAGUUCCCCAAAGCCAUCUUUUGGCCUUGUCUAAGAAAGAUUGCAUAUAUUCCUAUCCCCCAAACCAGCUUAGUUUGGAGGCUGGCUCCAUUGUCCCAGAUGGGCUCCAGACUCAAUGCAAGGAAUUUCCUAUGAGGUCAGAGGACACUGCACUUUAAGACACUUCAGGUAGAUGCAACUUUGGCUACUGCAAGAAUGUAAUUGUGCAUCACCAAACAAUGACAAAGAAGCCACACAGGCAUUUCCAGCUUGGAUUAGUGAAAGGAGAGACUCAUCAGACAGAUUUCUUCACUACCUUUGUCACCUACUGAGUUGCUUCUGGGAAGGGAAGUCCUUCAUUUUUUGUCCCCCACCCCUACCCUUAACCAUGUCCUAUCGCAUCAGAAAAAUCAUGGGUAAGAGAAGGAGCACACAAACAUGUAGCCUUCCUCAAAGCUGGAAAGGCCAGGCUGCAUGUGAGCUCUGCAGAACACCCCUGGGACUCAACCUAAGAGCUAGGAGUUUUAGGAUGAGGGUCAGGGAUGAGCACUGCCUCACAGAUUUUGAUAAGCCAAGGGAAGGCAGGGGCCAAGGUGGCAUCUCUAAGCCCUGGUCUUUUCUGAACAGUAAUGGUUACUAUAAUCUGAAGAACCCAAAACACCCUCCUUCACUGGUACCCGGUUUGCAGCAAGAUUUCUUCAGCUUUGAAUGCAGAGACUUUGAAGUGGGAAUGGAGAGAAGUGUAAGCAUGCCACAGUGUUUGUCUUUUUAGAGGGUCAUCAUUGCUGGUCUGGUCUCAGACCUCUACCCUGGAGAAACUACGGAAAGGAAAAGGUGAACAGGUUGGAGGAAUGGGGGUUACUCUUCACCUUCACCACAGAAGUCCCAUGAAAGAAAAAGCUUAUUCAGGCUCCAGGCUUAUAAGGAUGGCCCCUCUAGUGUACCUCCUCUUCUUUCUCAGUCUGCCUUCACUCUUUCUCAACAAAAGCAACAUGCAGCUACUGAGUUGUAUAUAGAGACAUACUCUUGGUGGGCUGGGAAAGGUAAAAAUAGGGAACAGCGAUGUCAAAAGUGUUUUGAAUUGGAAAAGUGGAAUGUUUUCAGUUUUGUCUGUAGGCCUAUAGCUGGACCCUUUAGAGGACUUGUACAAACCAUGCAUGCCCUCAGACUUCAGGUCUAGCCCCAAAUGCCCAGAGAUGUAGUAAGUACCCUGAAGGGUCUCAAUAACAGGGAAAGAACAUGAGUGGCUGGAAGCCUGUCUUCUGGUCAGUAUGAACUUUUGGCCAAGUUAUUGGGGAAACCAGGUCUAUGUUCCUGAAGGAAAGGUCUGAUUUGGAAUCCUAGUGAAUUUGGAUAGUGAUGUAAGAAGUUACCUUGUUUUAACAUUCAUAGGAAAACCUCUUUGAGCAGACUGUAAGUGAAGCUAUUGGAGCUAAAGAAGAACAGGACCUGAACAUUGAAACCAGCAGAGAGUCCCUCUUGGCAAAGGGAAUGUAAAGCUUCCAGGACACAUUGUCCAGUGUUCUUAUCACAUACCGGGCCUAACAAUCUCAAAGUCAGGCUAGCUUUACUGUACAUUUGACAAGUGCUCACUUAGCAAGUCCCAGACCUAGGGUCUUUUAUCCCCCAGGAUUGACAUUAGCCAUAACCUUCCUCAUCAGGCCUCUGAGCACACUCCCUUGGGCCUGCUACAGAAAUCCAUACACAUACCUUAUUAGCCUCCCUGCUCCUAGAACUCUUCUACUGACUAUUUCAAUUGCUUCUUCUUUUUUUUCUUCCUUUUUUUUUUUUUUUUGCCUGCAUUUGCAAUUAUUUUUCACUAAUUUGUUGGAAAUGGCCUUUUUAUUUUGCACAGAUAGUUGCACAUUUCUAGAGAAAAUUUAAUAAAGUCCAUUUUUAACUCAAAAGGGAACUUUUUCUCUGAAACUUACUAGUAAAGCUACUGAUGCAGAUGGUCCUGCAUGGUUAGGGGAAAGUUCCUCUGUGGAAAGAGCAUGUUUAUUCCUCUUAUACAUUUUCCUCUUUUAACUGCUAUUAAACAAGAGAACCUACAUACUUGUUUGAAAAGCCA